AAACAACCUCAGCAUACGAUAACUCCCACAUAUUACAAACACCCAAUUCAAUCCAAUAUACGAAAAAAACGACAAAUCCCAACAAGUGCACAGCUGCGCAUCGCCACCAAGACGGGUCAAAAGCAGCGGAACGCAGAAGCACCACACUGCACAGCUGCGCAUCGCCACCAAGACGGGUCAAAAGCAGCGGAACGCAGAAGCACCACACUGCACAGCUGCGCAUCUCUACCAAGACGGGUCAAAAGCAGCGGAACGCAGAAGCACCACACUGCACAGCUGCGCAUCGCCACCAAGACGGGUCAAAAGCAGCGGAACGCAGAAGCACCACACUGCACAACUGCGCAUCGCCACCAAGACGGAUCAAAAGCAGCGGAACGCAGAAGCACCACACUGCACAGCUGCGCAUCGCCACCAAGACGGGUCAAAAGCAGCGGAACGCAGAAGCACCACACUGCACAGCUGCGCAUCGCCACCAAGACGGGUCAAAAGCAGCGGAACGCAGAAGCACCACACUGCACAGCUGCGCAUCGCCACCAAGACGGGUCAAAAGCAGCGGAACGCAGAAGCACCACACUGCACAGCUGCGCAUCGCCACCAAGACGGGUCAAAAGCAGCAGAACGCAGAAGCACCACACUGCACUGCUGCGCAUCGCCACCAAGACGGGUCAAAAGCAGCGGAACGCAGAAGCACCACACUGCACAGCUGCGCAUCGCCACCAAGACGGGUCAAAAGCAGCGGAACGCAGAAGCACCACACUGCACUGCUGCGCAUCGCCACCAAGACGGGUCAAAAGCAGCAGAACGCAGAAGCACCACACUGCACAGCUGCGCAUCGCCACCAAGACGGGUCAAAAGCAGCGGAACGCAGAACCACCACACUGCACUGCUGCGCAUCGCCACCAAGACGGGUCAAAAGCAGCGGAACGCAGAACCACCACACUGCACUGCUGCGCAUCGCCACCAAGACGGGUCAAAAGCAGCGGAACGCAGAAGCACCACACUGCACUGCUGCGCAUCGCCACCAAGACGGGUCAAAAGCAGCGGAACGCAGAAGCACCACACUGCACAGCUGCGCAUCGCCACCAAGACGGGUCAAAAGCAGCGGAACGCAGAAGCACCACACUGCACUGCUGCGCAUCGCCACCAAGACGGGUCAAAAGCAGCGGAACGCAGAACCACCACACUGCACAGCUGCGCAUCGCCACCAAGACGGGUCAAAAGCAGCGGAACGCAGAAGCACCACACUGCACAACUGCGCAUCGCCACCAAGACGGGUCAAAAGCAGCGGAACGCAGAAGCACCACACUGCACAGCUGCGCAUCGCCACCAAGACGGGUCAAAAGCAGCGGAACGCAGAAGCACCACACUGCACAACUGCGCAUCGCCACCAAGACGGAUCAAAAGCAGCGGAACGCAGAAGCACCACACUGCACAGCUGCGCAUCGCCACCAAGACGGGUCAAAAGCAGCGGAACGCAGAAGCACCACACUGCACAGCUGCGCAUCGCCACCAAGACGGGUCAAAAGCAGCGGAACGCAGAAGCACCACACUGCACAGCUGCGCAUCGCCACCAAGACGGGUCAAAAGCAGCGGAACGCAGAAGCACCACACUGCACAACUGCGCAUCGCCACCAAGACGGGUCAAAAGCAGCGGAACGCAGAAGCACCACACUGCACAACUGCGCAUCGCCACCAAGACGGGUCAAAAGCAGCGGAACGCAGAAGCACCACACUGCACAGCUGCGCAUCGCCACCAAGACGGAUCAAAAGCAGCGGAACGCAGAAGCACCACACUGCACAGCUGCGCAUCGCCACCAAGACGGGUCAAAAGCAGCGGAACGCAGAAGCACCACACUGCACAGCUGCGCAUCGCCACCAAGACGGGUCAAAAGCAGCGGAACGCAGAAGCACCACACUGCACAGCUGCGCAUCGCCACCAAGACGGGUCAAAAGCAGCAGAACGCAGAAGCACCACACUGCACUGCUGCGCAUCGCCACCAAGACGGGUCAAAAGCAGCGGAACGCAGAAGCACCACACUGCACAGCUGCGCAUCGCCACCAAGACGGAUCAAAAGCAGCGGAACGCAGAAGCACCACACUGCACAGCUGCGCAUCGCCACCAAGACGGGUCAAAAGCAGCGGAACGCAGAAGCACCACACUGCACAACUGCGCAUCGCCACCAAGACGGGUCAAAAGCAGCGGAACGCAGAAGCACCACACUGCACUGCUGCGCAUCGCCACCAAGACGGGUCAAAAGCAGCGGAACGCAGAAGCACCACACUGCACUGCUGCGCAUCGCCACCAAGACGGGUCAAAAGCAGCGGAACGCAGAAGCACCACACUGCACUGCUGCGCAUCGCCACCAAGACGGGUCAAAAGCAGCGGAACGCAGAAGCACCACACUGCACAGCUGCGCAUCGCCACCAAGACGGGUCAAAAGCAGCGGAACGCAGAAGCACCACACUGCACAGCUGCGCAUCGCCACCAAGACGGGUCAAAAGCAGCGGAACGCAGAAGCACCACACUGCACAGCUGCGCAUCGCCACCAAGACGGGUCAAAAGCAGCGGAACGCAGAAGCACCACACUGCACUGCUGCGCAUCGCCACCAAGACGGGUCAAAAGCAGCGGAACGCAGAAGCACCACACUGCACAGCUGCGCAUCGCCACCAAGACGGGUCAAAAGCAGCGGAACGCAGAAGCACCACACUGCACAGCUGCGCAUCGCCACCAAGACGGGUCAAAAGCAGCGGAACGCAGAAGCACCACACUGCACAGCUGCGCAUCGCCACCAAGACGGGUCAAAAGCAGCGGAACGCAGAAGCACCACACUGCACAGCUGCGCAUCGCCACCAAGACGGGUCAAAAGCAGCGGAACGCAGAAGCACCACACUGCACUGCUGCGCAUCGCCACCAAGACGGGUCAAAAGCAGCGGAACGCAGAAGCACCACACUGCACAGCUGCGCAUCUCUACCAAGACGGGUCAAAAGCAGCGGAACGCAGAAGCACCACACUGCACAGCUGCGCAUCGCCACCAAGACGGGUCAAAAGCAGCGGAACGCAGAAGCACCACACUGCACAACUGCGCAUCGCCACCAAGACGGGUCAAAAGCAGCGGAACGCAGAAGCACCACACUGCACAGCUGCGCAUCGCCACCAAGACGGGUCAAAAGCAGCGGAACGCAGAAGCACCACACUGCACAGCUGCGCAUCGCCACCAAGACGGGUCAAAAGCAGCGGAACGCAGAAGCACCACACUGCACAGCUGCGCAUCGCCACCAAGACGGGUCAAAAGCAGCGGAACGCAGAAGCACCACACUGCACAGCUGCGCAUCGCCACCAAGACGGGUCAAAAGCAGCGGAACGCAGAAGCACCACACUGCACAGCUGCGCAUCGCCACCAAGACGGGUCAAAAGCAGCGGAACGCAGAAGCACCACACUGCACAGCUGCGCAUCGCCACCAAGACGGGUCAAAAGCAGCGGAACGCAGAAGCACCACACUGCACAGCUGCGCAUCGCCACCAAGACGGGUCAAAAGCAGCGGAACGCAGAAGCACCACACUGCACAGCUGCGCAUCGCCACCAAGACGGGUCAAAAGCAGCGGAACGCAGAAGCACCACACUGCACUGCUGCGCAUCGCCACCAAGACGGGUCAAAAGCAGCGGAACGCAGAAGCACCACACUGCACAGCUGCGCAUCGCCACCAAGACGGGUCAAAAGCAGCGGAACGCAGAAGCACCACACUGCACAGCUGCGCAUCGCCACCAAGACGGGUCAAAAGCAGCGGAACGCAGAAGCACCACACUGCACAGCUGCGCAUCGCCACCAAGACGGGUCAAAAGCAGCGGAACGCAGAAGCACCACACUGCACAGCUGCGCAUCGCCACCAAGACGGGUCAAAAGCAGCGGAACGCAGAAGCACCACACUGCACAGCUGCGCAUCGCCACCAAGACGGGUCAAAAGCAGCGGAACGCAGAAGCACCACACUGCACAGCUGCGCAUCGCCACCAAGACGGGUCAAAAGCAGCGGAACGCAGAAGCACCACACUGCACAGCUGCGCAUCGCCACCAAGACGGGUCAAAAGCAGCGGAACGCAGAAGCACCACACUGCACAGCUGCGCAUCGCCACCAAGACGGGUCAAAAGCAGCGGAACGCAGAAGCACCACACUGCACUGCUGCGCAUCGCCACCAAGACGGGUCAAAAGCAGCGGAACGCAGAAGCACCACACUGCACAGCUGCGCAUCGCCACCAAGACGGAUCAAAAGCAGCGGAACGCAGAACCACCACACUGCACUGCUGCGCAUCGCCACCAAGACGGGUCAAAAGCAGCGGAACGCAGAAGCACCACACUGCACAGCUGCGCAUCGCCACCAAGACGGGUCAAAAGCAGCGGAACGCAGAAGCACCACACUGCACAACUGCGCAUCGCCACCAAGACGGAUCAAAAGCAGCGGAACGCAGAAGCACCACACUGCACAACUGCGCAUCGCCACCAAGACGGGUCAAAAGCAGCGGAACGCAGAAGCACCACACUGCACAGCUGCGCAUCGCCACCAAGACGGGUCAAAAGCAGCGGAACGCAGAAGCACCACACUGCACUGCUGCGCAUCGCCACCAAGACGGGUCAAAAGCAGCGGAACGCAGAACCACCACACUGCACUGCUGCGCAUCGCCACCAAGACGGGUCAAAAGCAGCGGAACGCAGAAGCACCACACUGCACUGCUGCGCAUCGCCACCAAGACGGGUCAAAAGCAGCGGAACGCAGAAGCACCACACUGCACUGCUGCGCAUCGCCACCAAGACGGGUCAAAAGCAGCGGAACGCAGAAGCACCACACUGCACAGCUGCGCAUCGCCACCAAGACGGGUCAAAAGCAGCGGAACGCAGAAGCACCACACUGCACAGCUGCGCAUCUCUACCAAGACGGGUCAAAAGCAGCGGAACGCAGAAGCACCACACUGCACAGCUGCGCAUCGCCACCAAGACGGGUCAAAAGCAGCGGAACGCAGAAGCACCACACUGCACAGCUGCGCAUCGCCACCAAGACGGGUCAAAAGCAGCGGAACGCAGAAGCACCACACUGCACUGCUGCGCAUCGCCACCAAGACGGGUCAAAAGCAGCGGAACGCAGAACCACCACACUGCACUGCUGCGCAUCGCCACCAAGACGGGUCAAAAGCAGCGGAACGCAGAAGCACCACACUGCACAGCUGCGCAUCGCCACCAAGACGGGUCAAAAGCAGCGGAACGCAGAAGCACCACACUGCACAGCUGCGCAUCGCCACCAAGACGGGUCAAAAGCAGCGGAACGCAGAAGCACCACACUGCACAGCUGCGCAUCGCCACCAAGACGGGUCAAAAGCAGCGGAACGCAGAAGCACCACACUGCACAACUGCGCAUCGCCACCAAGACGGAUCAAAAGCAGCGGAACGCAGAAGCACCACACUGCACAACUGCGCAUCGCCACCAAGACGGGUCAAAAGCAGCGGAACGCAGAAGCACCACACUGCACAGCUGCGCAUCGCCACCAAGACGGGUCAAAAGCAGCGGAACGCAGAAGCACCACACUGCACAGCUGCGCAUCGCCACCAAGACGGGUCAAAAGCAGCGGAACGCAGAAGCACCACACUGCACUGCUGCGCAUCGCCACCAAGACGGGUCAAAAGCAGCGGAACGCAGAACCACCACACUGCACUGCUGCGCAUCGCCACCAAGACGGGUCAAAAGCAGCGGAACGCAGAAGCACCACACUGCACAGCUGCGCAUCGCCACCAAGACGGGUCAAAAGCAGCGGAACGCAGAAGCACCACACUGCACAGCUGCGCAUCGCCACCAAGACGGGUCAAAAGCAGCGGAACGCAGAAGCACCACACUGCACAGCUGCGCAUCGCCACCAAGACGGGUCAAAAGCAGCGGAACGCAGAAGCACCACACUGCACUGCUGCGCAUCGCCACCAAGACGGGUCAAAAGCAGCGGAACGCAGAAGCACCACACUGCACUGCUGCGCAUCGCCACCAAGACGGGUCAAAAGCAGCGGAACGCAGAAGCACCACACUGCACUGCUGCGCAUCGCCACCAAGACGGGUCAAAAGCAGCGGAACGCAGAAGCACCACACUGCACAGCUGCGCAUCGCCACCAAGACGGGUCAAAAGCAGCGGAACGCAGAAGCACCACACUGCACUGCUGCGCAUCGCCACCAAGACGGGUCAAAAGCAGCGGAACGCAGAAGCACCACACUGCACUGCUGCGCAUCGCCACCAAGACGGGUCAAAAGCAGCGGAACGCAGAAGCACCACACUGCACUGCUGCGCAUCGCCACCAAGACGGGUCAAAAGCAGCGGAACGCAGAAGCACCACACUGCACUGCUGCGCAUCGCCACCAAGACGGGUCAAAAGCAGCGGAACGCAGAAGCACCACACUGCACAGCUGCGCAUCGCCACCAAGACGGGUCAAAAGCAGCGGAACGCAGAAGCACCACACUGCACUGCUGCGCAUCGCCACCAAGACGGGUCAAAAGCAGCGGAACGCAGAAGCACCACACUGCACAGCUGCGCAUCGCCACCAAGACGGGUCAAAAGCAGCGGAACGCAGAAGCACCACACUGCACAGCUGCGCAUCUCUACCAAGACGGGUCAAAAGCAGCGGAACGCAGAAGCACCACACUGCACAGCUGCGCAUCGCCACCAAGACGGGUCAAAAGCAGCGGAACGCAGAAGCACCACACUGCACAGCUGCGCAUCGCCACCAAGACGGGUCAAAAGCAGCGGAACGCAGAAGCACCACACUGCACAGCUGCGCAUCGCCACCAAGACGGGUCAAAAGCAGCGGAACGCAGAAGCACCACACUGCACAGCUGCGCAUCGCCACCAAGACGGGUCAAAAGCAGCGGAACGCAGAACCACCACACUGCACUGCUGCGCAUCGCCACCAAGACGGGUCAAAAGCAGCGGAACGCAGAAGCACCACACUGCACAGCUGCGCAUCGCCACCAAGACGGAUCAAAAGCAGCGGAACGCAGAAGCACCACACUGCACAACUGCGCAUCGCCACCAAGACGGGUCAAAAGCAGCGGAACGCAGAAGCACCACACUGCACAGCUGCGCAUCGCCACCAAGACGGGUCAAAAGCAGCGGAACGCAGAAGCACCACACUGCACAGCUGCGCAUCGCCACCAAGACGGGUCAAAAGCAGCGGAACGCAGAAGCACCACACUGCACAGCUGCGCAUCGCCACCAAGACGGGUCAAAAGCAGCGGAACGCAGAAGCACCACACUGCACAGCUGCGCAUCGCCACCAAGACGGAUCAAAAGCAGCGGAACGCAGAAGCACCACACUGCACAGCUGCGCAUCGCCACCAAGACGGGUCAAAAGCAGCGGAACGCAGAAGCACCACACUGCACAGCUGCGCAUCGCCACCAAGACGGGUCAAAAGCAGCGGAACGCAGAAGCACCACACUGCACAGCUGCGCAUCGCCACCAAGACGGGUCAAAAGCAGCGGAACGCAGAAGCACCACACUGCACAGCUGCGCAUCGCCACCAAGACGGGUCAAAAGCAGCGGAACGCAGAAGCACCACACUGCACAGCUGCGCAUCGCCACCAAGACGGGUCAAAAGCAGCGGAACGCAGAAGCACCACACUGCACAGCUGCGCAUCGCCACCAAGACGGGUCAAAAGCAGCGGAACGCAGAAGCACCACACUGCACAGCUGCGCAUCGCCACCAAGACGGGUCAAAAGCAGCGGAACGCAGAAGCACCACACUGCACUGCUGCGCAUCGCCACCAAGACGGGUCAAAAGCAGCGGAACGCAGAAGCACCACACUGCACAGCUGCGCAUCGCCACCAAGACGGGUCAAAAGCAGCGGAACGCAGAAGCACCACACUGCACUGCUGCGCAUCGCCACCAAGACGGGUCAAAAGCAGCGGAACGCAGAAGCACCACACUGCACUGCUGCGCAUCGCCACCAAGACGGGUCAAAAGCAGCGGAACGCAGAAGCACCACACUGCACUGCUGCGCAUCGCCACCAAGACGGGUCAAAAGCAGCGGAACGCAGAAGCACCACACUGCACAACUGCGCAUCGCCACCAAGACGGGUCAAAAGCAGCGGAACGCAGAAGCACCACACUGCACAACUGCGCAUCGCCACCAAGACGGGUCAAAAGCAGCGGAACGCAGAAGCACCACACUGCACUGCUGCGCAUCGCCACCAAGACGGAUCAAAAGCAGCGGAACGCAGAAGCACCACACUGCACUGCUGCGCAUCGCCACCAAGACGGGUCAAAAGCAGCGGAACGCAGAAGCACCACACUGCACAGCUGCGCAUCGCCACCAAGACGGGUCAAAAGCAGCGGAACGCAGAAGCACCACACUGCACAGCUGCGCAUCGCCACCAAGACGGGUCAAAAGCAGCGGAACGCAGAAGCACCACACUGCACUGCUGCGCAUCGCCACCAAGACGGGUCAAAAGCAGCGGAACGCAGAAGCACCACACUGCACAGCUGCGCAUCGCCACCAAGACGGGUCAAAAGCAGCGGAACGCAGAAGCACCACACUGCACAGCUGCGCAUCGCCACCAAGACGGGUCAAAAGCAGCGGAACGCAGAAGCACCACACUGCACAGCUGCGCAUCGCCACCAAGACGGGUCAAAAGCAGCGGAACGCAGAAGCACCACACUGCACAGCUGCGCAUCGCCACCAAGACGGGUCAAAAGCAGCGGAACGCAGAAGCACCACACUGCACUGCUGCGCAUCGCCACCAAGACGGGUCAAAAGCAGCGGAACGCAGAAGCACCACACUGCACAGCUGCGCAUCGCCACCAAGACGGGUCAAAAGCAGCGGAACGCAGAAGCACCACACUGCACAGCUGCGCAUCGCCACCAAGACGGGUCAAAAGCAGCGGAACGCAGAAGCACCACACUGCACAGCUGCGCAUCGCCACCAAGACGGGUCAAAAGCAGCGGAACGCAGAAGCACCACACUGCACAGCUGCGCAUCGCCACCAAGACGGGUCAAAAGCAGCGGAACGCAGAAGCACCACACUGCACAGCUGCGCAUCGCCACCAAGACGGGUCAAAAGCAGCGGAACGCAGAAGCACCACACUGCACAGCUGCGCAUCGCCACCAAGACGGGUCAAAAGCAGCGGAACGCAGAAGCACCACACUGCACAGCUGCGCAUCGCCACCAAGACGGGUCAAAAGCAGCGGAACGCAGAAGCACCACACUGCACAGCUGCGCAUCGCCACCAAGACGGGUCAAAAGCAGCGGAACGCAGAAGCACCACACUGCACAGCUGCGCAUCGCCACCAAGACGGGUCAAAAGCAGCGGAACGCAGAAGCACCACACUGCACAGCUGCGCAUCGCCACCAAGACGGGUCAAAAGCAGCGGAACGCAGAAGCACCACACUGCACAGCUGCGCAUCGCCACCAAGACGGGUCAAAAGCAGCGGAACGCAGAAGCACCACACUGCACAGCUGCGCAUCGCCACCAAGACGGGUCAAAAGCAGCGGAACGCAGAAGCACCACACUGCACAGCUGCGCAUCGCCACCAAGACGGGUCAAAAACAGCGGAACGCAGAAGCACCACACUGCACAGCUGCGCAUCGCCACCAAGACGGGUCAAAAGCAGCGGAACGCAGAAGCACCACACUGCACAGCUGCGCAUCGCCACCAAGACGGGUCAAAAACAGCGGAACGCAGAAGCACCACACUGCACAGCUGCGCAUCGCCACCAAGACGGGUCAAAAGCAGCGGAACGCAGAAGCACCACACUGCACAGCUGCGCAUCGCCACCAAGACGGGUCAAAAGCAGCGGAACGCAGAAGCACCACACUGCACUGCUGCGCAUCGCCACCAAGACGGAUCAAAAGCAGCGGAACGCAGAAGCACCACACUGCACAGCUGCGCAUCGCCACCAAGACGGGUCAAAAGCAGCGGAACGCAGAAGCACCACACUGCACAGCUGCGCAUCGCCACCAAGACGGGUCAAAAGCAGCGGAACGCAGAAGCACCACACUGCACAGCUGCGCAUCGCCACCAAGACGGGUCAAAAGCAGCAGAACGCAGAAGCACCACACUGCACAGCUGCGCAUCGCCACCAAGACGGGUCAAAAGCAGCGGAACGCAGAAGCACCACACUGCACAGCUGCGCAUCGCCACCAAGACGGGUCAAAAGCAGCGGAACGCAGAAGCACCACACUGCACAGCUGCGCAUCGCCACCAAGACGGGUCAAAAGCAGCGGAACGCAGAAGCACCACACUGCACUGCUGCGCAUCGCCACCAAGACGGGUCAAAAGCAGCGGAACGCAGAAGCACCACACUGCACUGCUGCGCAUCUCCACCAAGACGGGUCAAAAGCAGCGGAACGCAGAAGCACCACACUGCACAGCUGCGCAUCGCCACCAAGACGGGUCAAAAGCAGCGGAACGCAGAAGCACCACACUGCACAGCUGCGCAUCGCCACCAAGACGGGUCAAAAGCAGCGGAACGCAGAAGCACCACACUGCACAGCUGCGCAUCGCCACCAAGACGGGUCAAAAGCAGCGGAACGCAGAAGCACCACACUGCACAGCUGCGCAUCGCCACCAAGACGGGUCAAAAGCAGCGGAACGCAGAAGCACCACACUGCACAGCUGCGCAUCGCCACCAAGACGGGUCAAAAGCAGCAGAACGCAGAAGCACCACACUCCACAACUGCGCAUCGCCACCAAGACGGAUCAAAAGCAGCGGAACGCAGAAGCACCACACUGCACAACUGCGCAUCGCCACCAAGACGGGUCAAAAGCAGCGGAACGCAGAAGCACCACACUGCACUGCUGCGCAUCGCCACCAAGACGGGUCAAAAGCAGCGGAACGCAGAACCACCACACUGCACUGCUGCGCAUCGCCACCAAGACGGGUCAAAAGCAGCGGAACGCAGAAGCACCACACUGCACAGCUGCGCAUCGCCACCAAGACGGGUCAAAAGCAGCGGAACGCAGAAGCACCACACUGCACUGCUGCGCAUCGCCACCAAGACGGGUCAAAAGCAGCGGAACGCAGAAGCACCACACUCCACAACUGCGCAUCGCCACCAAGACGGAUCAAAAGCAGCGGAACGCAGAAGCACCACACUGCACAACUGCGCAUCGCCACCAAGACGGGUCAAAAGCAGCGGAACGCAGAAGCACCACACUGCACUGCUGCGCAUCGCCACCAAGACGGGUCAAAAGCAGCGGAACGCAGAAGCACCACACUGCACUGCUGCGCAUCGCCACCAAGACGGGUCAAAAGCAGCGGAACGCAGAACCACCACACUGCACUGCUGCGCAUCGCCACCAAGACGGGUCAAAAGCAGCGGAACGCAGAAGCACCACACUGCACAGCUGCGCAUCGCCACCAAGACGGGUCAAAAGCAGCGGAACGCAGAAGCACCACACUGCACAGCUGCGCAUCGCCACCAAGACGGAUCAAAAGCAGCGGAACGCAGAAGCACCACACUGCACAGCUGCGCAUCGCCACCAAGACGGGUCAAAAGCAGCGGAACGCAGAAGCACCACACUGCACAGCUGCGCAUCGCCACCAAGACGGGUCAAAAGCAGCGGAACGCAGAAGCACCACACUGCACUGCUGCGCAUCGCCACCAAGACGGGUCAAAAGCAGCGGAACGCAGAACCACCACACUGCACUGCUGCGCAUCGCCACCAAGACGGGUCAAAAGCAGCGGAACGCAGAAGCACCACACUGCACUGCUGCGCAUCGCCACCAAGACGGGUCAAAAGCAGCGGAACGCAGAAGCACCACACUGCACAGCUGCGCAUCGCCACCAAGACGGGUCAAAAGCAGCGGAACGCAGAAGCACCACACUGCACAACUGCGCAUCGCCACCAAGACGGGUCAAAAGCAGCGGAACGCAGAAGCACCACACUGCACAGCUGCGCAUCGCCACCAAGACGGGUCAAAAGCAGCGGAACGCAGAAGCACCACACUGCACAACUGCGCAUCGCCACCAAGACGGGUCAAAAGCAGCGGAACGCAGAAGCACCACACUGCACAGCUGCGCAUCGCCACCAAGACGGGUCAAAAGCAGCGGAACACUGCGGUGAUGGGUGGAUGAGGAGGUGCAAGACACGGGGUGCAUUCUUUUCCUUUCUGGGUGGGUUUAAAAAAGGGCACGGACCCGACAACGAGCCGCGUGUGGUGUACGCAGCUGGUUGCCGGGUCCGGUGA